UUUGUGCUUUCACAGUCGUGGGUUGUCAAAUGGACCUAAUAUAUUCUUGACUUUUUUUUUUUUUUUCAUUAGUGCAUCGACAUUGACGAAUAUGCCAUUUAGCGAAUAUGCCAUAAUUGGGCAGAGUAUGGGCAUUUCCAAAAUAUCCUUCACAAAAACAGCCAUUAGUAUCAAGGUCUUUUAUGUACCGUUGUAGAAAAAAUUUACAAGGUUAAUCCUAUGAAUUAUUUGAAAUGAUACUUUCACUUUAUUGUUAAUCAAAUAUUUUGCAGGUCGCCAGGUGAUAGUAUCUGUCACGGAUGUGUGAAUCAUAGCACCUCCCUACCAGCCGGUGGCAGUGCUGCGCCAGCUUGUGACGUAGAAGUAGAAACCGAACAUGGCCAAGAUGGCGGCGUCCGUAGUGGAGACCGGAGAGGAUGCGUUCAGGAAAAUAUUCAAGUUGUACAAGCGAAGAAACCCUCCGCCGGAUUUCAGCGAUGUUAUUGAUUUUUCCGAGUGUGUGACGACUGACAAGGUAGUUCCAGUGAAACUUGAUCCGGCUGCAGUGAGCGAUGGCGAUGCUGCCAAGGUUGGAUUACGUCCUGUCAAAGACUGGAAAGCCUUCAACUUGCAGGGCUACCCAGGGUUCAUAUUCAUUACUAACCCGUUCCUUCGCGGCUCUCAGCUCUUCUGGGUUCGCCAGUGUUUGAAGACUUACCCUCAGAAGCCAAAUGUCUGCAACCUGGACAUGCACAUGUCUCCCAUCGAUACCCAGGACAUCUGGGACAAGAGUGUACCCAACCUCAGUCCUUCUGUUGGAAAGACUGAGCCCAGAACUCUUCUGGAGAGGCUGCGCUGGGUCACCUUGGGCUAUCAUUACAACUGGAACAGCAAGACUUACUCUGCAAGUCACUCGACUCCAUUCCCGACCGAGCUCCACCUCCUGUCUUACCAAAUAGCGACUGCCUGUGGCUUCCCGGGCUUCAUUGCGGAGGCUGGAAUCCUCAACUACUACAAGUCGGAUUCCUCUUUGGGAAUCCACGUGGAUGAAUCCGAGUUGGAUCACAGCCGCCCGCUGCUGUCUUUCAGUUUUGGCCAGUCAGCAAUCUUCCUCCUGGGUGGCACCCACCGACAGGACACUCCCACCGCCAUGUACAUGCACAGCGGCGAUCUGAUGGUCAUGUCGGGGCAGAGUCGCCUCUUUUACCACGCCGUGCCUCGCAUCGUUCCGACACACCAGAAAGUGGAAGCACUCGAGAGCGAUCGAUGCGGCUGGCACUCCGGCUGGCAGGGCGGCGCUGUUGUGGAGCGGGUGUCAGAGGAGGACUGGGCUGUGUGUGCCAGGUACAUCCACAGUUCCAGAAUCAACAUGACUGUCAGACAGGUUCUGGGGCAGGGGCAGAACUUCCCAGAGACGCCUCCUCGUCCGGGCCAUCCAGAGGAGCGCCAAGAAGAUGACGAAGACCGUAUGAAGAGGAGACGGAAAAGUGACUCAUUUAAUAUUAAUAACACAUAAUAUAGACCAGUCUAGGACUUUUUAGAAUACUGUUUACAAAACGUUUUCUCUCUCUCUCUCUCUAAAAUUUGACAUCUUGCGAAAGAAGAACCUGAAAAAUGACUUGCACUGCUACAGAUGAAAAGAUGCUAUGAUAUGGCAGUGAGGGUCUAUGAAGGAAUGUUAUGGUCACAUUGAAUAGAUUAUUAUUUUUUAUUUUUAUUUUUAUAAAUAUACAGUAAAUACCGGGAUUAUAGUGUCACCAGAAAGUAUUCACUCCCCUUCACUUUUUUUUCCCCCACAUUUUGCUGUUACAGACUUAUUCUAAAGCUGACUUGAGUAUACUUUUUAAAAAGUCUACAUAAAUGAUCCCAUAAUGACAAAGUAAAAAUUGCAGACAGCGGUGCAAAUCUAUUGAAAAUAUAAACAUGGAAACAUAAUAGGUACAUGAGUAUUCACACCGUCACUAAGUGCAAGCUAAACUCACACUACCGUUACUGGAGUCAGAGAAGUGAAUCACUUGAGUCCAGGGGUGUCAAAGUCAUUUUUGUGGCUUCCCUUGUAGGGCCAUUAUGACGGAACCCAUAUACUUGUAAAUGAAUUAUCGCCUCAUACAUGUAUACACAACAAAUUGAUGGCCAACUAGUUUUGAAAUCAGAAGCCAAUAAAAAAUAUGUUUGUCAA